AUGUCAACCUCUGAAAAGGAAGAAAGGAGGCCUGCGCUUCGAUUUUGUCCCCUUUGCUGUAGACAAAUCGCCGGAGAAUCAACCGAUGUGCAGAAUGUCACCGAACCAUAUGAAUGCGUCCUCUGCCUUGGAAUGCUCGACCAGAAUUUCAUUGAAGAGGUAGCGCAAACUGUAGGAAAGAAGCUCAAAGAGUCACCGUACGACGCUACUGCCUUUACCUUGGCUCUGAAUCUCCCUGUAUCCCAAGUCCUUCGUGAAACAAUUAUAAAAAGGUCUAGACCUGACCUUAAUGGCAUAUUGGUUACUGUGCCUUACAAAAUCCGGAAUAUUGACGCUUACUUGCCCAAGCUUAGACAGGCUACCGGAAUGCGAGCUGCUCUUGGUACUGAUCUUCAGUUGACAGUUACCUUUGAAACAGAG